AAACCCUCCAAAUUGAAUUAUUUCAUUUCAACGAACAAAUUCUAAUAAUCUCAUUAAUUGAUUUAAUACCGGCUCAUAAAUUAUUAAUAAAAUCAGUUUCAAACGAAAAAAAAUGAAUUUCUCUUUUAUGUUUUUUAUUGCUGUUUUGGCAUUGUUUGCCAACUUAACAUUGGCAUUGCCUGGUCAAAAUCCGCCAAUCAAAAAACCAACUCCAACUCCAACUCCCACUCCUACUCCUACUCCUUCUUCUACUUCUGCUCCUACUCGUACUUCAAUAUGCGGUAGACCUUGUGUAGGUCGUGCAUGUCGUUAUAAUCGAACUCUUUACCGUUGUUAUCGAGAAUUCAAUUAAUUUUAGCAUUUCUUUUAAUUCUUUAUUAAUGAAUAUUAUUAAUGAUAUAUCUUACAUAGACACGUAAUAAUUUUUUUGAUAUGUAUCAGCAUUAACAGUUAACUAGCUGCUAAAAAUAUUACAUUAUUUAAUCUGUUAACAAUUUAAAUUAAAUAAAAUGCGACCUUUUUUUAUUUAUUUUUAAA